CAGAACAAGGAACAGGCUCAGAUUGAUUCGCGGAGGCGGAGGGGAUCCUGUGCGCAGUAAGUUGCCUUUCCUGCGCUGCAGUCGGUGUUAGAAUAUUCAUCCGGUAAAAACUCGGCGAAAACGAAUCUGGUGUUUGGACCAGAAGAGACGCGAGAGAGGAGGGAAGAGUUAAAAACAGGAUCUGUCCCAUUCAGAGGUGGUGUGUUACCUUCCAGAGAUCUGUGGUCGUCUCCCAGCCCGGAAAAAUGAGUCUGAGCACCAGCGAGCUGGAGGACCUGUGGGAGUCGUUGGGGGAACUCAACUUCUCAGAAACCUUCAACAUAUCGAGUGUGAAUGCAAUGGUGUGCGCCACGGCGUUCAACCGCAGCGCUCUGCUCUACUCCAUGUGCAUCCUGUACACUUUCAUCUUUGUCAUCGGUUUGGCCGCCAACGCUCUGGUCCUCUGGGUCAACAUCCGAGCGCAAAGAGACUCCACCCCUCGCCCCGAGACGCACAUGUACAUCACUCACCUGGCAGUCGCAGAUCUGUGCGUGUGUGCCACUCUGCCCGUGUGGGUGAGCUCACUGGCCCAGCAUGGCCACUGGCCCUUCGGGGAGGUGGCUUGUAAACUCACGCACCUGCUCUUCUCCGUCAACCUCUUCGGCAGCAUCUUCUUCCUGGCCUGCAUGAGCGUGGACCGCUACCUGAGCGUGUCGCAGCAAGGAGAGAACGCGGGAGGCGUGCGCAGGAAGCUGAUCCGCAGCGGAGCGUGUGUGGGGGUGUGGCUUCUAGCUCUGGUGGCUUCCUUGCCGGACACCUACUUCCUGCGCUCUGUGAAGUCGACGCAUGGGGACACCAUGCUCUGCAGGCCCGUGUACCCGGAGGAAAACCCCAGGGAGUGGAUGGUGGGAGUGCAGCUGAGCUUCAUUUUUCUGGGCUUCGCUCUCCCCUUUCCUGUCAUUGCAGUGUUUUACGCCCUGCUAGCCAGAGCUCUCAGCCGCUCCUCAACUUCUUCAUCAUCGUCCGCCAUAGAGCAGGAGCGCCGCGUGAGCCGCAGGGUGAUCCUGGGCUACAUCGUUGUGUUCCUGGGCUGCUGGGGGCCCUACCACGCCGUCCUCCUCGCUGACGCCCUGUCCCAGCUGGGCCUGGUGCCUCUGACCUGUGGCCUGGAGAAUGUGAUUUACGUGGCCUUACACCUCACCCAGUGCCUGUCCCUGCUCCACUGCUGUUUCAACCCCAUCCUCUAUAACUUCAUCAACAGAAACUAUCGCUAUGACCUCAUGAAGGCCUUCAUCUUUAAAUACUCCACGAGGACGGGCUUGGCGCGUCUCAUCGAUGCUUCCAACAUGUCUGAGACCGAGUACUCUGCCGUCGCAGUAGAAAACCCUCCACAGAUCUGAAACUCAAAACAACCCAAUGAGCAUUUCCUGAACACUGUAUCUAAAUCUAUAAUGUAAUAUAAACAAAAGUCACAACUGAUGUUCUCAUCAGAUUCUGACAACUCUCAGCAUUAUUUAUGAAAUAACGGUGAAAGGAGAACAAAAAAAACAAUCCGGCAUCUUUUUUAUUUUGACAGAAAUCUGCUUGAGUCCUGUAGGAAAAGCUUGAAGCACUUAGAAAACAGUUUCAUUAUAACAGCUGAUACUGAAAUAAUAUGAAUACUGUCACUCAUUUGUAAAACAGUGACUGUGUAAAAUCAUUGCCUUUACUGUGUUUAUAGGAUUGUACUGUGCGUGUUUGUGUGCGUGGCGUGCUUAAUCUGACAGGCGUUGAAUAUUGAUGAUAUUAGUAAUAUUGUUAAUCCUUUUGUCUUAAGUUGUAUUUAUAUACUUUUUAAAAUUGUUUUGCCUCUCUCACGCUGUAAUGGAAGGUCUUCACUCACUGAUGUCUGCUCAGUGCUUCACUUCAUACAAUGCUGCCUUAUCAUUUUAGUCCAACCACUGACCGGCUCAGUGUUUUAGUCCUGCUGCCUCAUUAUUAAUCCAAACCUCAUGUCACACCAGCUGAACCCUUGAGACAAUGAUAAUGUAUUUUUGAAUUGCCUCAUGCUACUUAACAAAUAUAAAUGAUCUGAUGAAUGUUUGUUCUGUGCAACAUAUACAGGACCAGAAUCUUUGGGAAAUACGCGUACAGACAUGAAAGUGGUUUCAACUUUGUCGUCUAACUUUCUGCAAGGGACCAAGUAAACUUAUUUCCCAGUAUGUCUAACUGUUGCUCUAAAGAAGCCAAAUUGUUCUUACAAAUGAUUAACAUCAACACUGCAGAUUAUUAACUUCUCUGUUUCCUUGUUACUUGUAAAUAUUUUCAUACAUUGUCUGAAGGCUCCAGCUGGGACUACUGAGCAGAUACAUGUAGCUCCCAUGCAUCUUUUCUGAAAUGUACAAUAUUAGGCCGAUAUGCUGUACCAUCUCUCUGUAUGUACACACAUGUCCAUGCUGCUGCACACAGACUACAGGUGGCUAAAACCUUUAUGACCAAAUAACAGGAAUUAAUAGCUUUACUCCUCUCAUGGAGACAGCAGCUGUGGUUUGCAGCAACCAAGUGUUUAUUAGGGACCAAACAACAAAGGACAUGACUGCAUUAGUUAAAGUGUGUGCGUGUGUGUGAGUGUGUGUGUGUGUGUGAGAGAGUGUGUGUGAGUGUGUGUGACACCAAUAGGUGAUGUUUCAUGUGUCAUAAACAGUUUACUCACUGUCUGUUGUAGGAAACAACAAACCCUUGAUAUGCGGACACAGAGCACAUUGUGUCAUGUGAUUGGUUACACAUGGACGCUUUUACACUGAAAAGAUUUCAUGUCGCGAUUAGAAAAGACUGCGGACGCCAACAUGUGUCUACAAGAACAGAGGCAUUCCUUUUGUAUUGUAAUGUGUAACACGUGUUUUGUUAUAUAUUAAAUACAGAGAAAAUG